AGCAGUAAGGGAAGAUACAACUGCACUCUCAGACAGAAUGGAACACGGUUAUAUGAGGUUUAUAAUACCUUGAAUGUUCAGACAAGCACAUUAAACAAGCCAGUAACUUUGUUCCGAGAGAGCAGCAACAGCAGUGAGGUGAAGAUGAUGUGCAGGUCUUUAUCCUGGUACAGCAAAGCCUCCUGGACCAAGAGCACAUCUCCAGUGGAAGCACCUACUGCUCUGACUUCAGAUGAUAGACUAGAAAUUGACCGGUUCUCAUCUCCCACGUUCAACCAUAUAUAUUUCCCCCUGCGAGUUUCACCAGUGGCAUUUGAGGAUGGAGGAUUGUUCAGAUGUAAUUUUAAUAGCCAUCUUAUGUCUUAUGUUCAACUCACAACCAUUCAAGUCUCUGCAUCUGGAGGGCCCCCUGGUGGCCAGUCGGUGGUGCUGAAGUGUGAGGUGUCGGAGGUGAGCGGUGACCCUGUGACCCUGGCCUGGCUGAGGAUGGAGGGGAGGAGGGGACUGCUGGUCAAACAGGAUGUCCUGACAGAGAGUCACCCCAACAGGACGCUCAGUGUGACCCUGCCCAGCCUCCAAAGACUACACUCAGCAGACUUUGAUCAUUGCGACCUGUACUGCUCUGGUUGUUGCUGGGAUCCUGAUUGGUUCUCUGGUGUUCUACCUGAAGAGGAAGAAGACAGACCCAGAGACCAAGUCAUACCUGAGCUGAUCUAUGUAAACACGCCGCACUUUAACACCUAUGAAAACAGCCACUGAGAAGACAUCAUGAGAAUAAGGAACCAGGGAGGGGAGCUGUUGAGCUACAGAUGUCCGUAGCUGAUGCUUGAGGACAACUCCAGGGGUAGCAGAGAAAGCAUACAGGCCUAUACUAUCCGAAGCUUUCAGCAUUUGAUUGUCCAUAAAAUACAUUUAAGCAAUGUAUGUAUUAUUAUGUUUAUCAUGCUAAAACUAUUUCAUACAAUCAUUUUUCAUUCUAAACUUUCAGGAAUCCAACCAAACGGUAUCAAACCCAUGCAAUUGGAGCCAUGUCUCUAGCUUAUUUUUAUUUAAAGAUGGAAUCCGCAUUAGGGGAAACGGCGCCACUGUUCGACCCCCCCCCCCCCCAGCACAUUUCUUAUUGUUUUGUUUUGUUGAUGAGAACGGAGGAGAGGAGCGUUUGUCAGUGUGGUAAAAAAAAUGGCUGUGUAUAUUCUGCUGUCCUAUCACGCCUGCAAUGAUGUCAGAGGGAAAAAACGAUGUUCGUUGUUUGCAGUAACUUCUUUGUAAUAUCCUAAACGAACAUGGCAGUUUCACCAAUGAAGGAUUUCAGCUUUAAAGCUAAAGACUUUCACAAAAUUCAAUGAUGAAAGUUAUAACGGGUGUAACCCCAUUAUUACAUCAUGUACUUUACUUACUGUACCAUAUGUUUUUAAUGAAUCACUGUAGGACCAGUGAUGUAACUAACAAACUGCUUCCUGUAGCACCAGUUUAGAUCAUGUUAAGUCACAUUUUUCAUAGUCUGAGUUGAUUCUAUUUCAAUUCCAGUUCAAUUUGUACCUUUUUACCGUGGUGUGUUUUUCUUACAGUAUUACUAAUGCUAUUGACAAUAAAAGCACAUACU